AUAUGCUUGUUGUAUUUUUUCUUUUCAGCUCCAAUAUGUAAAGCUCAGACAUUCACAAUCAUUAUCAUAAAAGAUGUCAUUGAACUAUCCCCCACCAGACUGUAUGGACUGUCCACCAGGUGUGGUCAAUGACUGUCCACUCCUCAUUCCUGUGUGUCCAGAGUCACUGGGAGUGGACGAGGACUGCCCUCUGCUGGACUCUGGGAAGAUGACAUCGGAAGAGGACACAGCAAAAGGCUUGGGGACGCCCUCUUCUGAUUCUGAUGUAGAGAAAGACUUGGAGGAACCGGAGGUGGAAUUUGUUGUGCAUAGACCUCUAAAUGGCCAGAUGGAAGAUGGCCCCAGCAACGGGGGCACUGGAGUUGUUACGAGUUCCCCAAUUAAAUAUCUCAGUCGGGAAGUUUUGUUACAGGAGAACGAAUUGCAGGCAGCUAACUCAUUGUCUAAUUCUGUGGAGUCUAGCGCUGUCAGAGUUACAAUCACAGACCUAGACGGCUGGGAAGGACAGAGCUUGAAUUUCACCACCUCUGCACUGAAGAGGUGCAAGUCGGUGGUCUUACAGCCAUACUUCAGACUGCUUACCUUUGUAAGUUGGAGGCCCUUUGGUAAAGAGUCUAUCACUCCUCAGAGACUGGGCUGGGAUCUGCUAAAUUUCAUAUAUCCUGUAACUGUGGUGCUGCUGUUACUGUAUACCUAUGUAUAUGAAGUGGUAUCAUGUCAAUGGAAACUCAAUGUUAGGACAGACACGAGGGUAAAGAAUUAA